AUCACCUUAUGCACAAACCAUUUUUUCUGUUUUUGGAAUAAAGAAGUUAUAGGAAAAUCGAACUAGCUGAUGUCAGCAAUACAAUUUUCUAGAAGCUCAUUUUCACUUUAUCUAUCUGUAAAUUGAUUUUAUGAUUAUAUUGUUCUAUCUAUCAUUCCACUUGCCGAAUCAGAUAAUAGAUUAAUUUGUACUUUGUGUAAAUUACAUUUCGAAAACUAAGAAAUAAUGAACUUAAAUGGUAAUUAAAAAUAAAUAAUUGAAUUGUCCUGUGUUCUCUGUCAUAUGGUUUAACCUUAUCCGUUUGGUUUUUUUUGGCAGUUGCGGGAAUCUUCUGCAAGUUUCUCAGACAGAAGCAGUGAACUGAACAGACGUCUCAUCUCUGUCAUUUCUUUUUACGCAGAUGGUGGAAGCCCUGUAUGUGCAUCAAGCCAAGUCUCACAGCUGUCAAGUCUUUUGCCAGUGACAAUGCAGCUAAUUACUCUUCUGCUGUUGGGACUCCUGAAGUUUUCGCUGGCUCAGGACAGAGAUCCUUUCCAGUGGCUUUCUUCCCUGCACAGCCGAGGUUAUGCCUCUCUGCAGGCCGACAACACCGGAGGAGAAUGUCCCGAGGAGUGCGACUGCCCUCCAACUUUCCCAGUCGCCAUGUACUGUGACAACCGGAACAUGAAACAAAUGCCUUACAUCCCAUCCCGGAUGAAGUAUGUGUACCUUCAGCACAACCAGAUCACCUCUGUCCCAGAUAAUGCUUUUGGGAAUGCCACCAACCUUGUGUGGGUUUUGUUGCAUGAGAAUCACAUUAACUCAGUAGGAAAGCAAGCGUUUGCCAAACUGGUGAACUUGGAUCGCCUGUACCUGAACAACAACAACCUGACCGAGGUGCCGUCCAACCUGCCUCGCUCAUUACGUGACCUUCGUCUCAAUCACAAUAAAAUCACCAAGUUGCCCCCCAACGCUUUUGAGGGCAUGGAGAAUUUGACCAUGCUUCUGCUCCAUAGUAACGGUUUCCAGGAUAUCAGCGGCCUGAAAGGUCUGAAGUCGUUAACUCUGCUGGAUGUGAGCGGUAACCAGCUCAAGAAGGUUCCUAAUGGUCUUCCUGAGAUGAUCCACCAGCUUUAUCUAGAGUCCAACUCCAUCGAGGCAGUUCCAGAGAACUUCCUCAGCCAGUUCACCAACCUUCAGUAUGUCCGUUUUUCUCACAAUGAGCUCACAAACAAAGGCAUCCCUCAAAACACCUUUAACAACAGCGGUCUGGUGGAGCUGGAUUUGUCCUUCAACAAGUUGGAGAGCAUUCCUAUUGUUAGCACUAAUCUGCAACACCUUUAUCUACAGGCUAAUCAGAUCAAAGAGUUUACACUGGGCAGUUUCUGCAGUGUGGUGGAUGUUAUGAACUUCUCGAAGCUGCGAGUCUUGAGGCUGGAAGGAAAUGAGAUCAGUGCCGGAGACAUGCCCUCUGAAGCUGCCCUAUGUCUUCGUCUGGCUACUGAUAUUGCAGUGGAAAUUUAUAGUGCCUUGGGAUGUUGUGUGAGAGGAAUAUAAUUUCCUGUGGACUUUAGAGAGAAGUACAAAGAAGGAAGAGGAUAUUGAGAGAUUUAGAUAGGAAAUGGAGAUCCUCUGUAAAGGUAUGUGAAGCUAGUUAAUUUUUUUCUCAAAUGCCACAUAGCCAUAUGAAUAUGCCUUUCUGUGCUUUUUGUGUUUUGUGCGCUUGUCUGGCAGUUGGAUGACAAUAUUGGCAGUGCUAAAAAUCAACAUUGCAGUUUGUUUGGUACACAUUUGAUUUACUUUAGGUUUGUGCAUUCAUGUCUCUUCAGGAAAGAAGUUUGAACAAUGCUACACAGACUUUGAUUGGCUACUGUUUGUUUCCUUUACCUGUUAUUACCUGAGUUUACACUGGGCAGUUUCUGCAGUGUGGUGGAUGUUAUGAACUUCUCGAAGCUGCGAGUCUUGAGGCUGGAAGGAAAUGAGAUCAGUGCCGGAGACAUGCCCUCUGAAGCUGCCCUAUGUCUUCGUCUGGCUACUGAUAUUGCAGUGUAAUGGCAGUGACCAAUCAGCAGGGGGCUCUUUUGUUUCCCUCCAACAUUAUUAUAUCAGAAUGGCAUGAGUUUGCGUUGAUGUACAUUUUUAUUGUAGGGAAAUUUAUAGUGCCUUGGGAUGUUGUGUGAGAGGAAUAUAAUUUCCUGUGGACUUUAGAGAGAAGUACAAAUACAGAAAUAGAAGGAAGAGGAUAUUGAGAGAUUUAGAUAGGAAAUGGAGAUCCUCUGUAAAGGUAUGUGAAGCUAGUUAAUUUUUUUCUCAAAUGCCACAUAGCCAUAUGAAUAUGCCUUUCUGUGCUUUUUGUGUUUUGUGCGCUUGUCUGGCAGUUGGAUGACAAUAUUGGCAGUGCUAAAAAUCAACAUUGCAGUUUAUUUGGUACACAUUUGAAUUACUUUAGGUUUGUGCAUUCAUGUCUCUUCAGGAAAUAAGUUUGAACAAUGCUGUGAGUAUUUAUUCUACAUGUGAAGACAGAAGAACUUAAUGGAGAACAGAAAGAUCUUACUUGACUAAAUCCAUCUUUCAUCUUGUAUGUGUUUCCUGUAUGCGUCUUCCAUUCACAUCUGAAAGGGGGGAAGGAUAAACUUCGAAUGGUUGUGUUUUAAGAACAAAUGUAUUGCAUGUGUUAUAAAAAAAAAUGACUGAGGUUCUGGUGUUUAAACAUGCCUGUAGACCUUUCGUGUGACUCAAUAAAACUAAUAUUUUCAUGUAUGAAACGCUUUUACGUGAGUUUGAAACAGAACAUAUUUCUCUAGUUGCCAGUGACAACGUUCAUAUCUUUUUUGUUUUUUUUUAUAUUGGCUCUUAUUAAUGCCUACGUACACAGUAAAAUAAGCAGUGUAAAAAAUGCAGUGUUAAAUGUUAUUAAUUCUAAAAGAGUUAAAUUAAUAACCAACAGUGUUAAUAAUGUUCUUUUGUAGUGUAGUUGCAGGGGUGCUACGUGGUGUAAUUAUAUUUUUACACCUGAAGUGCAAAACCCCCGCCAAGUUAUCUUUGCCCCUCCCCUUUUACCCGUCGUGAAGACGAAAACGCCAUUUUAUCCACAUGCCAGCUGCAAGGAAUGAAGAUGCUCGUCAAAGUUAAGUUCAGAAGUGAACAGAAGUAUGUGAAAGUUUCUCACAGCGAUUUGAAACUUUCCGAUUUUCUGGAUGAAGCCUUAGUGAAGUUCGGCAUCAGUGUCUCUAGUAGGCCCGAGGCCCGUCUUUACGACGAGUCUGGCACUGAAAUAGACGAGGACGUCUUUUGAGGACGUUCUGAAGCAACCGAAUUUGGGUGUUUUUCAGAUACUAUUGCCAGAUUCUUCAAAUGAAUUGACCCAUGUUCCUUCACUACCAAGUGAAGAAAGCUCAAUUGAGAUUUCAAGCAAUCUGAUGACACCAUUCUUCUAAGUGAUGACAGCCCUACAAGAAAGAGGAGAGCUGAAGAUGAAGCAGGAAUUGUGAGUGUGUGUCUGUGCCUUGGAUGUUAUUCAAUUUGAUCCAGGUGCAGAAUCACAAUGUGACUACACAAUCAUCACACAAUGUUUCCUGAGAUGGGUUGUUCAUUGUGCUUUGUAACUUAUUCUCUCAUCUCCACCCAAACAAGUAAGAGAACUGUAUGCUCAAGGAAUCAUUGCCCUGUUUCCAUAUCUUAGGGAUCCAUAUGCAAAGCUUGGUUAUGAACAUUAUUAUGACCCUCAAAGUGGACAAGGGUACUUGUCAUGGAAAAUAAAGAACAUUCAGAGGAACAGUGCACCAUCAGAGAUCCGUAGAUGUGUCCCCCAGUCUUUUGGUGGCCCAUCUGCGCAGAGAGAAGCUUCAUUCAGCACAGAAGUUAUCCUGACCGAAGAACAGUAUAGGGAAGCUGUUUCUCUUAUGAAGCAUACUUCAGAGGAGGUGACAGUAAAGGUCAAGAUGAGGGAGACAUUUCAGUAUCGUCGCAAGAUGGUUCAUGACCCAAGCAGAUGCACUGAUGUGCUAACUGAAUUUCCACGUUAUUUGGAUAUUAAAGGCCUGGUAAGAACAUUUGAGUUAUUAAUGUGAUUUAGAUUAUUUUUCUGUGAAUUAAGGACAAUAGAGAAUAUCUGUGGUGAUUUAAAGUUAUAUUGAUUAUGCAUUGUAAAGAUAAUAAAUUUGCCCUUAGUUGCUUACCCUAAACCUUUAAUCAUGACAGAAUAGUGCUUGGACCAGGAAAGACUGUUUCUCUCUGUGACUUAAGUGAAAAUGUACAAAUUGCAUCCAAGUUGAAUGUUUCUCCUCAAACAGAUGUUCUCUCAGUUAAAUGGGUAAAGUAUAAUGGAACCGAAUACCGUUCUGGUUUAAUUAUUUGUGGUGAAGUAGACAUUGAUUUGCCAGUGUUUUUUAAAAUCAAAGAUAUUGUUGUUUAAAAUGAAUUUGUGGUACUGGUUGCAUCACCACUCAAAACUGUUUGCUUUGAUGAUCAUCGUUAUGCCUACAGAAUUGAACCAAGACACUGUGAAUCCUUGAAAGUGUUCAAUGUCACUGAACUAAUUUAUUACAAACCUUUUGAUAUGCAAAUGUCUUAUGGGUCUGAUAAUUUCUUUUGGUUUGUUGUACCUUACUGCAGUCUUGUUACUACUUAGCUGUCAAUGCAGGUCUUAUUUCAAAAUGUUUUUAUUUUAUCAUUUUGACAAGUCGGAACUGUAUACAUGUUUUAAAGUAGCCAUUUUGCCCAUUUUGUAAAUAAACAUGUUUACAUCUGUGUAAAGGAUUUUUUUAAAAAAUAUUUGAAUGUAUUUAAUACAUAUUUUGCACCAAAUAAGAACACUAUGAAUAACAGUAAUAUAAAAAAAUAACACUAGUGGUGUUAAGUGCCCCAUAGUGUUAAACUUCUAGUACAAUAACAAGUGUAAAUAAAAACACUCUCAGUGUCAAACUUUGA